CCUGGAGGAGCGCGAGGUUGUCACUGCAUUUGACGGUGAAACAUGAACCAAGCUCGGCGAGCCGAAUUCAUACCCCUGACUUAUCCACUCCGACGUUAGCACUUUUUUGCAUCUCGAUUGCUGAGUUUGAUUUAAAAAAAAAUAAUUAUAUAUACAUAUAUAAUAAAAUUAAGUUCCUCGAAAACGCUGCUUUCUUCCGUCUUGUACGAGACACCUCUUCGUACCUGAGAGACUGUCAGUCAGAUCUUCAGCGCUGGAUCAUUCGUGUGACAAGAUGUGCGUGGAAAGCGACGGAUGCGAGCUGGAAGGCUGCAGCGGCUCGGCGGCGGAGGUGCGCACGCUCUCGGGCAGCAUGAGCGCCGCGCUGAAGGCAAAUCCGGAGCUGCGCGCAUGCAGACCGGGCCAGAAAUUCCGCGCCGCGCUGAUGCGGUGCCGCACUCCCGCAACCGCCGCCGGGAUCCUCAGCUUCGGCAACGUACUCAAUUACAUGGACAGAUACACGGUGGCCGGCGUGCUGCACGACAUUCAGAAGCACUUUAACGUAAAUGAUAGCGGAGCUGGCUUGCUUCAAACAGUUUUCAUCUGCAGUUUCAUGGUGGCGGCACCCAUCUUCGGUUACCUUGGUGACCGAUUUAACAGGAAGGUCAUUCUGAGCUGCGGCAUCUUCUUCUGGUCGGCUGUAACACUACUGAGCUCCUUUAUCACCAAAGAUUACUAUUGGUUGUUUGUCCUGUCCAGAGGCCUGGUAGGCAUCGGAGAGUCCAGCUACUCCUCCAUCUCUCCCACCAUCAUCGGAGAUUUGUUCACCAACAACAAGAGGACCAUUAUGCUUUCUGUCUUCUACCUGGCCAUCCCAUUAGGAAGUGGUCUUGGCUACAUCCUGGGAUCUAGUGCCAAAGACCUGGCGCAGGACUGGCACUGGGCUCUGAGGGUGUCUCCAGUGUUAGGAAUGACUGCUGGAGUUCUCAUCCUGCUGUUCAUUCCUGAACCCAAAAGGGGCAUCGUAGAACCGUCAACCAGCGCCGUGAGGACACGCACCUCAUGGGUCUGCGACAUGAAGGCUCUGCUUAAAAACCGUAGUUACAUGUUCUCAUCUCUUGGCUCGGCUGCCGUAUCGUUUGCAACGGGGGCCUUUGGGAUUUGGAUCCCUCAGUAUCUGGUCAGAGCUCAGAUGGUUCAGGAGACUAAAGUGAGCAAAGACAGUCUGAUCUUCGGGGUCAUCACGUGUGUCACUGGUUUACUCGGUGUCUUGAUUGGUGCUGCAACAACACGCUUCUGCAGACAAAAGACGGAGCGCGCCGACCCCCUGGUGUGUGCCGUCAGCAUGCUCGGCUCGGCAAUAUUCAUCUGCCUCAUCUUUGUCGUGGCUAAGAAGAGCAUCAUAGGAGCAUACGUCUGCAUUUUCAUAGGAGAGACUCUCCUCUUCUUGAACUGGGCCAUAACAGCAGACAUUUUAAUGUAUGUUGUCAUACCAACCAGAAGAGCCACUGCAGUUGCCUUUCAGGGCUUUACUUCCCAUUUACUAGGAGAUGCAGGGAGUCCAUAUCUCAUUGGCUUGAUAUCAGACGCUCUGCAGGAGAGCUACACAACGUCGGUGCUCUGGCACUUCCUGAGCUUAGGCUACGCCCUCAUGCUCUGCCCCUUCGUUAUUGUCCUUGGGGGGAUGUUCUUCCUAGCCACUGCCCUCUUUUUCCUUGACGACCGGGAAAAAGCAGAGAAACUGACGAAGCAGCUCUCCCGAUCGCCGUCUGCAGUAAAGGUCACCAAGUGAGAGGAGGUCUGGAGUGGGAGGAUUGAGAGCGAGCCGAGGAGUGGGUGAGAUGAACACUGGGGAGGUGGAGAGAAAGAGGGGGAGAAAAAGAGAAAAGAACAAGUAGCUAACCCACUCGAGACAUAUGCUGCACAUCGCUAUCAUCACCAUCGUCAGUCAUCAUCGUCACCCUUGUCUGUUGAACCUUGAUUUGCUGUAGAAGCACCGUCAUGUCCUUCCAGCGGACUGAAGCAAUGCUGGCAAGUCCUCCGUCCUGCAGCUGGUGGGCAGCUCUCAACUCAACACGUAAAGGCCAGUAGGAAUUACAGAAGGGUUGAACGAGGGGCUUAAUAAUCCCCUGAGUGCCAUACUACUGAACCCGGACAAGCACUCUGUCUUGUCACGCUGCCUGUCAAUCUGCACCAAGUGCCAUAGCAUCACAUUCCCAGAACUGACCACGCCCCCACAGCCUAAACAGAGCUCACCGAUUGGUCAUGUAAAUAUAGAAAUGAAGGAAACGGUGAUCUCACAGUCAUCUAGUGGAAAUGGCUGUAUGGCUUAGCUUGCCUUAAUAAUGUCGGCAUGGACAGAUCCCUGGUCAUCUUCUUUAUGUCUGUUUCUUCUUUUUCUUACAUAUUUUCUGUCUUAGCACUUACUUAUUUACUCACUUUAAUGCCAUGCCAGUCAAACAAUGCAAUUUUUGUCAGACUACAUAAUCACGUAGAAUAUAUUUGCGCUAUAAUUUUCAUACGUUUAUGAAUAGUAAACCCGAGACGUUUCAUAGAGUCGGGUUUAAAAAAAAAAAAAAGAAAAAAAAAGAUGUAAAAUGUAGAGAAACACUGGAGGGAAAAUAAGAUCUGUUUAUCAGAGCUUUUAGAAAUCAGUAAACUUUUGACAGAUUUUCUACCAUCCACACCUCAUAUAACGUGCCAAGGAUUUGAAAAAAGGGAAAUAACUAAGUCUUUAGUGGAUUGUGAUGAGGAUUUUCUUUAAGGGAUUCUUUCAAGGUGUCACCUCACUCCAUGAAAAAACAGGCAGGGGAUAAAAUUUACAAGCUCCGAUGUGUGACAAUAGUCGUCUUUGUUCCAAUAUUCGUUCAGUAGAUAUCCCUUUCUAUGAGAAAUGUGAGAGAGAAAGAGCUUGACUAGUGAUGUCUAACUUCAUCACAAGUCAAACCGCUACUGAGAUCCAUCUGAGGGGAAAAAAGUUUCUUUCAAAAGCUAGGUUAAAUUUGAUUAUAUUUUUUUGUUUGUUUUUUUUAAAGAGAAUUUGCAUUAUUUACACUUAGGAAAACAAAAGGUGUCAACCACUUCAUGUCCUUAUGAAAGAAAUUGUAAGUUCAGUAACAAUUAUUAUGAACAGGUUGAAGUUUAGAACAAUUUUUUUUUAACAGGGUGACUCUUGUAGCUGAAAUAUACAAUAUACGUUUCAUAGAUAAAUAGAUUUUUCAAAAAUGUUUUAAAAUGCUACCAAGUAGACAUGAGUAAUUAAGUAUUUGUAUAAAUUAGGAGAAGCACUUUUGCUUUUAAAAGACGUACUGGAUAAAUAACUAAACUCCCCAAAGAGUUUUUUUUUAUUGUGAAAAUAUAUAUUAUCGCUGUUUCUCAAAUGAUUUGUAAAUACAGUUUGUUGUAAAAUAUGCAAUUUCCUAAAAUCCUCUUAACCUUUCCGGAAAUGGAAACGCUUUGAUAAGAGCAAUGAUUUCUAUAUUUUCACACUGGGUUGAUUUGCAGUUUUAAUGAUAAUUUUUUUUUUAUUUUAGCGCAUCAUUGACAAAAAAACCUUUCACCAAAUGGAAAUGAUCGGGCUUUGAAGCUGUUGUAUGGUGUAGAUGUACAAAAAAAAAAAAAAAAAAGAAAAAAGAAAGAAAGAAAAAAAAGGAAGUGAGCAAAGGUUCUGCCUUUUUUCACAUUGAAAAAAAGCACCUUGCAUAUAGAUUGUAGGUUUAAAAAAAAAAAAAAACGUUGUAUUGAGAAGGUCUGACUCAUCACUGGGACUGCAGGACACCGUGUUUUAUUAUUUCUCAGAGCUUUCAUCAUGCCAGGUGAAAAGCUAUCUGAAUGUGAUUCUGUCCAAUCCGAUCUGUUUACACAUGCAAAUUCAUUCUAAUUAAGCUUUUUUGUAUUCUUCUUUUAAUGACGUCUCCUUUUUUCUUCCUAGUUCUUUUUACAAAUAUUAGUUUUAUAUAUGGUAAUGCUAUAAAAAUGGACAAUUAUGCAGUGAUUUUAAUAUAUUGUAAACUAGCUUUGAUGCAAGGUAUUUAUUUUUCAUUUAUGUAUUAGCAUUUUUAAGAAAUCUCUACGAGUGGAAUAGAAAAGCUUCGGGCUGUUUUUACUCUGUAUUUGUCCAUGUUUGUGAAAAAGAAAAAGCCUGGAUAGUUUAUCAUCUCAAGGAACUGUGUUUAUUCAUAUUCAUGCACACACACUCACACAAACACACACUCAAACAAAUGCACACACAAACCAGCUUAUGCACACAUACCAAACGACAGCACAGGAUAACUUUAUAAUACACAGGAGUUCUCCUAGACCAAUCAAAUGUCACUUUUUAUUUAUGCAUUUUGCACAUUUGGGUGUGUUCAGGGAUUUUUCCCCCCCCAGUUCAAUAGUUGUACACUGGCAUUAUGUGCUAUAGGGACUGUACCUAUUUAGUCACAUACAAACUACAUGUAUAUUUAAUUUUCCUUCUUUCUUAUUUUAUUAGAUGAUUUACUGGCUUUAGAUUCACACUACCAAAAUCAAGUCACCAUCAUCGACAUACAAAAGCUGUUUUUUUUUUUGUUGUUUUUUUUAAUGAUUGCUUUAAACAAAGAGUCAUGGAGUUGAUGGUGUAUAAUGAGAAUGUGUUCUUUCUUGUCAUACAAGAGCCGUGUAAAAAAAUGUGUUUCUGAUGUCGAGCAGAAACUUAAAGGGAAUUUUAUUUUUUAAGAGCAAGCGUGGUGGAACAAAAAAAAAAAAGGCCAAUAAAACACAAUUAUUACUACAUAGUUACUGUGAUGCUCCAGCUGGAGUGAUAUGAGAUGUAAACAUAUAUGUAAGUGAUGAAAAUAAACUUAUUUAAUCAAA